GGUACAGCAAGCCCAGCUCCGGUGGCCGAGCCAUAAAGUCAAGGGGCCGACGCGACGCCAAUCACGCGUUGGAGCUUGUGGUGACCGGCCAGCUUGCCAGACGUCGGCUGGCUGGCCCCGGAGUCUCGUUUAGGAUUGCUUCGUAUAGCAUGAACAUCAUAGCAGGUCCGGCUGUCUCAAUGGGCCCAAGUUGCAUCAUUUCUGCAGCCUUGGUACAAAUACGACCGUGUCAGUAACGGAAUACCGUUAGCACCUAGCCCGACGUUCUUGCUCAGCCAUUUACCGCAACGAUCAUUCUGUCUAAUAUAUGUCUUCGCAUUAGUGCUAAUAGCUAGUACGCGAUCCUGAUUUCUGCGUUUGCCGACCUCGCGUUGCAAAAUGUCCUUGUUACGAGCUGGGCGCGUGGUUCUGGAUGCCCUGGUGCAUCCAGGAACUAGCUCAGAUGUCCUGUCACCACCAGAACUUUCAGCGGAGCCGCAGCCGGCGCACAAUAAGACACAGUCCCUCAGAAUUGCGGCUGUCUUCGUCAUCCUUGCCGCUGGUCUUUUAGGAGGCGUACCACCCCUCUUUCUCAACGUCUUCCGCGACCAGGAGGGGAUGCUCACACGGCUUGUCCGCUCGUUCUCGGCCGGAGUCAUUCUAGCACUUGCGCUGGUACAUAUCAUUCCAGAGGCCGUGGAGGAGAUGGCGGGCCUUGGGGGCAUCGAGUACCCGCUGGGCGGCACGUGCGUGCUGUUCGGCGUGGCGCUGAUGGUGUUCCUGGAGCACCUGGCGCACAUCAUGCACGGGCCGCACAGCCACGCCCCCGCCGCCGACUCGGCGGCCGCGGCCUUCACGGCGCUACCCAGCUCCUGCACGGACAUUGAGGCGGGCGCAACCCCCUGCGGCGCAGCCAAGCGCGCCACCGCCCAGACCAGCAGCAACUGCGAGGCGGACCCCAGCGGCGUGCUUGCUAGCGAUAGCAGCGUGCCCAUGAAGUCAGCAAUGGCGGUGGCGGUGGCAGAGGGCGUGGCGUCGGGCUGCUGCGACGGGGCGGCCGCGGGCAGCGAGGGGACGCCGGCGGGCGGGGCGCCGGGAGAUUCGUGCUACACGCGCGCCUCGGAGCCGGGGCACAACCACGUGUGCGUGUCACGCGGCUCGGCGGGGAACUGGUUCUCCAGCACCUCCCCCGCCGCCACGCAAGCGGCGUCGGGCUCGCUGCGGCUUAAGAUCUUGGCGUACAUGUUUGAGCUGGGCUGCGUGUUCCACAGCUUCAUCAUCGGCAUCAGCCUAGGCGUCAACACGACCGACCUGGUGGAGGUGCGGGCGCUGCUCAUUGCGCUCAGCUUCCACCAGUUCCUGGAGGGCGUCUCGCUGGCGUCUGUGGUCCUGCGCGGCGGCUUCAGCACGCUCAAGGGCGCCAUCAUGAUCCUCACCUACAGCCUGACGUGCCCGGUGGGCAUCGCGGUGGGAAUGGCCAUCGCCUCCAGCUAUGAUGCCGAGUCGGAGCGCGCUCGCGGCGUGCAGGGCACCCUUAACGGCGUGUCGGGUGGCAUGCUGAUGUACAUCAGCCUGGUGCAGCUGGUGGCGGAGGACAUGGGCAGGUUCGUGCCGGGCUCCCCGAGCGGCGGCGCCAGUGCGCGGCUUCUCAGCUUCCUGGCGCUGUUCCUCGGGGCCGGCUCCAUGUGCAUCCUGGCCGUCUGGUCCUAGAGCUGGCGGGCUGGGUGUGGCCUGGAGGUGGAGGCAUUGGGGGUGCCAGAUUAAUAGCGCAGCGGCAGGGCUCGCGCUAGUAGUAGGCAGCAGGCAGGCGGCGCGGUUGCCGCCUCCACGUAGGCGCAUUUCGGCACGGCAAUGUGUGCGGCCGUCCAUGAGCGCUUGGCAUUGUGUGCGGCCGUUCCAGGAGCACAGGCGGAGUAGAGUCCGGGCUGUCACGAUAUCUGAAAUGGUGGGGCAGGUAGGAGGAAGUCCGCGGCCGGCCGCAAUGCGGGCCGUUGUGGCUUGGGCCUUGCACGCACUCACAUACAUACAUACAGAAAAGCGUUGCGCGCUGUCGUGAUAGGUGUGGUUUUUCGAGGCAGUCGUGGGGGGCUGGGCGUGUGGUGGUGCACUUGUUGGGCGGACUUGCGUGUGACUGGGUCGACAUGAGCGAUGGAGGAGGUACGCACGUUGAGCAGCGCGGUUUCAAGGACUGCACAUCUGUCUGUGUUACGGUGUGCAAGUGACCUGCACUUGUCAAAUUGGAGAUGUUGCAGGGGUACAGUACCGUACGGCAGUUUGGGUCUAUGUCAGUGCUUGGGCGUCGUGAGAACGGACGCGGAAGUAUCACGGCGGCAGAGGUGGAAAUGAACGUUGGGCGCCCAAGCUGUUAGCUGCUCCACCGGAAGACGGUUCGGAACAUCUGGGCCGUCUUAUUGCUAUUUUGCUGUCCCUGAUGCAGCUUUGCAUACGGUAGGCGGCCCGAAUGCCGUUAGCUAAUUUCGGACUCAAUGGCCGGGACUUUCGGGCGCACACUGUUGCCUAGCUAGCUCUGUGGUGUCAUAUGCGCGUCGUUUGUGCGCGUGUUAUUUGCGCGACUGGCAGGGGUUAUACACAGGUGUCCGCGCGCCCAUAGGGUUUGCGGAGGCGUAGGCAUUGCUUCGUCUGUCGUACAGAAGGAAGGCAGCCUCCAUGCGCAUCGUAGGCCUGACGGCAAGCACGAGCUGCUUCUAGUGAAGUGCGGGUGUGUUGCGGGAGGCCGAACUCGAUGCAAGUAGGGCUAUCGAGGAGCCUGUGCCCGACCCCUUGGUGAAUAUAAAGAGCUGAUGACUGCGGCAGCGGUCGGGCAGUACAACCACCGCUUUGCCAUUGUUGCUCGUGUGUGCAUGCUCGUGUAGUGGGCAUGACGUAUUUGCGUGAGCGUGCUGUGCGUAUACGUGUGCUAGGCGCGGUGCACGGAUAUUGUUAAGUAUAGUGUAGAUGUCCAUUUACGCCCCGCGCCGCCGUGGUCACGUCAGAACCCUUGCUGAGUGUGCAGAGCGGAAGUGCUUGCGUGUGUGCAUUCGGGCGGUCAGGUAGUGGACGGAUAGGCUGCAGAGUUGCUCGUUGGGGUGAGGCAGCAGGUAACAUGCCGGAACACAGACGCAUAUGUGCGAGUAAGUCGCUAGUGCUAGUGCUCGAGUUGUUGCGUUGUGCAAUUUAUGGUAGGUGCGAUGACGCCACGUGACACGUUCUCUUAUCACGGACUCGCAAUGGGUGGGCCCUUUCAACUUUCAAGUACCAUGUAUUGCGCGUUGCCCCAGCUGUUAAGCGUGGCAACGCGGUCGCUUGAAAAUGCGUUGGGCUGCA